AGGAAGAAAUGUAACCAGACAGAUACAGUAAUCAGACAAAUUAGCAUGCAAAUAAAUUUACAUACACACUAUCACUGUCCUUGACCUAACUAUGACAUUACAAAUAAGCUGGGUGAUCUCUGUCAUAGAUCGUCGAUGCCCACGAAGCUUUACUGGGGAAAUGGCUGUGAAGAAUUUAGGCAUCGGAGUCCUCGUCGUAGCUAAUUUGAUUAGAAGUGGACUACCAUUUCUCUUCUUCAUCAUGGGAAGUUAGAUUGUGCAAUUCAUCCCUUAGUUACGGCUUUUUGGUGAGGUGUGCUCGAAGUUGCCCCGGCCUCAGUUUCCACGGUAGACCAAGCAAUCCCUUGUAAUCUGCGAUGCAGGCAUUCCGAGUAUCAAGAGAUAACACUUGCAAGAUAGGAACAUCUGAGAUUCUUAGGAUGUUUGUUCCAAUGUCGCUAUACAACUCAUACAGCCGAGUUAAAAGACAGGACAAAGAGAACAUGCCGACAACACUCCCUCGUCCCAAUGUGAAACGAUCGACGAAAGCUCGUUGUUGUCAGUAAACACUCUUUGACUCUCUCUCUCUCUCCGCAACUCCUCAUCCAUCAUCCUUAAAAUAACAAGAGCAUGACACCUCGUUUUUGUGUAAGAAGAGGAGGCCAGAGGAUGCCUUCGUCGUUCCGCCCUCCAGGUGUUGGGUUCCCCAUCCUUAGUCGGAGCCCCAUUCGGAACCCAGCCCGAAAAACAUGCAAACUAACCAGAAUCACCCACCACCAUCCCCCUUCUCCCUCGUUGCAAUCUCCAUAUGGAGAUCAACAAAACAUCGAACGAAAACAAAGCGAACACAACAUCAUCAAAAAGAAGAACACCAAAUCUAAAUUAGCUACGUAUCCCUCUUUCCAAUGCUCUCUUAGCUCCUAAUUCCUUCCCCUCUCAUUCAUCACAACAAUGGCCUCCCAGAAAUAAAAAGGACGCAGAAAUAAUUACCACGUUAAACGAGGAGUGAAAGAAGGACAGGAAGGAGGGAGGAGAAGGGGAGGUAAUUGGAAGAGUAGAAUAUGUUCAAAGAGAUCCAACGCAUCAAGGCAUGGGAGUCCACCGUCCGGAAGACGCACCAGCAGCAUCAGCCGUCGGCGCGGCGGCGCAGCCUCGUCUUCCAAUCGAUGUCGGCCUCCCCCACCGCCGCCGACGGCCCCACCCCGAAUUCCUUCGACGACGCCCCACCGGCCACCGCGGGCGCCGACGAUCUGGACGUGCCCCUCCAGCACGCCGAGCGGCUCCUCCCCAACGGCGACUUCUACACGGGGCAGUGGCACAACAACCUCCCCCACGGCAGCGGGAAGUACCUCUGGACCGACGGGUGCAUGUACGAAGGGGAAUGGCGCAACGGGAAGACGAUGGGCAAAGGCAAGUUCAGCUGGCCCUCCGGCGCCACCUACGAAGGCGAGUUCAAGACCGGGUUCAUGGACGGCUUCGGGACCUACACCGGCUCCCUUGGGGACACCUACCGCGGCUCCUGGUCCAUGAACCUUAAACACGGCCAGGGGAAGAAGUCCUACGCCAAUGGCGACUACUACGACGGCGAGUGGCGCGCCGGCCUCCAGGACGGCCAUGGUCGCUAUAUAUGGAAGAACGGCAACGAGUACGUCGGCGAGUGGCGCGCCGGCGUCAUCCACGGCCGCGGCACCCUCGUCUGGCUCAACGGCAACCGCUACGACGGCGGGUGGGAGGACGGCUUCCCGAAAGGCAACGGAAGCUUCCGCUGGGCCGACGGCAGCCUCUACGUCGGCCAUUGGAGCAAGGAGAACGGCGCCAUCCAGCAGAAGGGCGUUUACUACCCAUCGCCGGCCGCCACUUCGCCGACGGCUCGAGAUCCUAAUGCUGCGUUUACCGCCGACCUCGGCAAUUGCAAGGUUUGCCCGGGGGAGACGGUGUCGAUUCUCCCGUCGCAGAAGACGCUGAAUUGGUUGGGAAUGGAGGAGAAUUUCCUGCAGAAGCAGGCGGUAUGGAGGCAGUCCAAAUCGAACGACGGCCAGCCGAGAAGGCGGCCGUCGGAUGACACGGUCGGGACCGGAGAGACGCCCAAGAGGCUCAAUGGACACAACAAUAGCAUCGCCAGCAAUUGGGAGACGGAUGGGGAUUAUAAUUGUGAUGCUGAGGAAGGUGGUGUGGCGAGGGGGAGAGAGGCGUCCGGCGAUGGGGUUAAUGAAUUGAUGGGAGGGCUUCUGUUGGAGGAAACGGAGUCGAGGGGAACGGGGAGGUGGGUGCCGAUAAAGUGGCCGCCGCCGGAGGUGAAGAAACAGGGGGAGACUAUCUCCAAGGGGCACAAGAAUUAUGAUCUCAUGCUCAAUCUCCAGCUUGGGAUCAGACAUGCAGUAGGAAGGCCAGCUCAACCUACAUCACUUGAUCUGAAAGCAUCAGCCUUUGACCCAAAGGAAAAGGUAUGGACAAGGUUUCCUCCUGAAGGAACAAAACAGACUCCUCCGCACCAGUCUUGUGAUUUUAGAUGGAAGGACUACUGCCCACUGGUUUUCAGGACGCUGCGCAAACUUUUUAAGGUUGAUCCGGGUGAUUACAUGAUCUCUAUCUGUGGAAAUGAUGCCCUUCGGGAACUAUCAUCUCCUGGGAAAAGUGGAAGCUUCUUUUACCUAACCAAUGAUGAUAAGUACAUGAUAAAGACCAUGAAGAAAUCUGAAGUAAAAGUGCUUCUGAGGAUGCUCCCAGCCUACUAUAAUCAUGUCCGGGCUUUUGAAAAUACUCUAGUUACCAAGUUUUUUGGUCUGCACUGUGUCAAAUUAACUGGGGCUAUCCAAAGGAAGGUACGCUUUGUAAUUAUGGGAAAUCUCUUCUGCACGAACUAUGCAAUUCAUAGGCGCUUCGAUCUCAAAGGGUCUUCCCAUGGACGUACAACUGAUAAGCCUGAGGAAGAAAUUGAUGCAAACACUACUCUGAAAGACCUUGACCUUAAUUUUAUAUUCCGACUGCAAAAAUCUUGGUUUCAGGAUUUCUACAGGCAAGUAGAUAGAGACCUCGAGCUUCUUGAGCAGGAAAGGAUUAUGGAUUAUAGUCUUUUGGUGGGUGUUCAUUUUAGAGAAGUAUCCCAAGAUAUGCUCCCUACUGAAGGUAUUGGUCAUAAUGAGAAAACAAGUGAAGCAACUCCCCGCCUUUCAAGAGCAGACGUGGAUCAGUUUCUCUGUGAUCCAACCAGGUGGGCUACAAUCAGACUUGGUAUAAACAUGCCUGCUAGGGUGGAACGGAUAGUGAGGAGUGAUGUUGAAUCCCUGCUGAUUGGGGAACCCACAGGGGAAUUUUAUGAUGUGAUAUUGUUCUUUGGCAUCAUUGACAUUCUCCAAGACUAUGACAUCAGCAAAAAGCUUGAACAUGCCUACAAGUCCAUCCAGUAUGACCCAACAUCAAUAUCAGCUGUUGAUCCAAAGCAAUAUGCAAAGCGCUUUCGUGACUUCAUAUUCAGAGUAUUUACAGAUGACACCUAACUGUAAUAUUAGCCGAAAGGGCCACUGUCAAUUUUAGGAAAUUCAGAAGAUUGUGGCAAAGGAUGCUCAGCCUGCAUCUGUUUGCUCAGUUUCCUUGUAUGUGUACAUGUUUUUUUUUUUUUCAUCACUUUCAAAGAUUUGAUGCUCCAACCAUCAUCACAGCCAAUGAAGGAUCGCUGGGUCUUUAGGAAGUGGAUGGCUUAUAAGUCAGCAUGGUUUGCUCACUAAUUACAUGUGUUGAUAGGUACUCACAAUUUUAACAUUUAUGGGCUCUAGUUAUUUUUUAUUUAUAUCUUCUAUGAUACAUAUGAAAGAUUUACAAGGAAAUAGCAUGGAGUUGUAAAUGUUUGUGCCAGAUUUCAGUUGUGUAUUGGAUGUUAUUCUUUUAUAACUACAUUUUUUUUCCCUUGGAAGCUAAUGAAGAAUUUCUGGGGUUUUUGGCAAUAA